AUGGCUCGUAGGUUUACAAAAGAAGAGAAGGGCAAGAGUGUCGCCACCUCACAGACGAUGCAAGGGUAUAGACGCAUUAGAGCCCCCGAGAUAGACAGCUCAGCACUUAUCAGAGACAACGCCCUCACUCUAAUAGGAAGGACCCUUAACACUAGAGAACAACCAGUGGAAGCCCUCAUUGCUGCUCUCAAUAGGAAGUGGAACCUCAGAGGCCAUGUCUCGGGUUCUGACCUAGGACAAUCCUGCUUCCAAUUUAGAUUUGAACUAGAAGAAGACAUGAAGGCAGUCCUAGCGGGGAGGCCCUAUCAUUACAACCACUGGAUGUUAAUUCUGCAACAAUGGGAGCCGGUCAUCUCUCCUCUCUUCCCCUCGCAGAUACCUUUUUGGAUCAGACUCCACGGGAUUCCCCUCCACUUCUGGCAUGAGAAGAUGAUCUACAAUGUGGGCCAAGACUUGGGAACUCUAGCGGACUACAAGAUAACCAAAUCUUCAGUAAGAAUCCAAGUUAUCAUAAAUGGACUUGAACCUCUAACUAAAAAAGCUCUCAUUGAGUUCGACCAAGGAGAAGAUCUACCCAUCCUCUGGAAUACCAUUGCUCCAACUGCAACAGACUGA